GGAGCGCUGCGGAAAGGUGAAAGUGGCUGGGUGGGUGAGGGAGAGCCGGCCCCUGGGACUUCUGCCUGGGACCCUCUAACGCGGGCAGGGGGGGGCUGGCUACCAGGGUCUGGAAGCAGAGACUCACAUUUCUGGAAGCCGCUUUGUCCGGGACCGGUGUCCCCCAGCCCGCUGUCCUGGCAGCUUUGUGCCAGGCUCCAGAAUCGGAAACAGCAUGUACACACGCCUCCCCCAGAGCGGCUCUCCGUUCCCAGCCUCAGUGCAGGAUCCUGGCCUGCAUGUAUGGCGGGUAGAGAAACUGAAGCCAGUGCCUGUAGCACGUGAGAACCAGGGCAUCUUCUUCUCGGGGGACUCCUACCUCGUGCUACACAAUGGCCCGGAAGAGCUGUCCCACCUGCACCUGUGGAUAGGCCAGCAGUCCUCCCGGGACGAGCAGGGGGCCUGCGCUAUGCUGGCCGUGCAUCUCAACACCCUGCUUGGGGAGCGGCCCGUGCAGCACCGAGAGGUGCAGGGCAAUGAGUCCGACCUCUUCAUGAGCUACUUCCCACGUGGCCUCAAGUACCAGGAGGGCGGAGUGGAGUCAGCAUUUCACAAGACCUCCACUGGGGCCGCUCCAGCUGCCAUCAAGAAACUGUACCAGGUGAAGGGGAAGAAGAACAUCCGGGCCACCGAGCGGGCACUGAGCUGGGACAGCUUCAACACCGGGGACUGCUUCAUCCUGGACCUGGGCCAGAACAUCUUCGCCUGGUGUGGUGGCAAGUCCAACAUCCUGGAACGCAACAAGGCUCGGGACCUGGCCCUGGCCAUCCGGGACAGUGAGCGGCAGGGCAAGGCCCAGGUGGAGAUCGUCACGGAUGGGGAAGAGCCCGCCGAGAUGAUCCAGGUCCUGGGCCCCAAGCCAGCUCUGAAGGAGGGCAACCCUGAGGAAGACCUCACAGCUGACCGGACAAACGCCCAGGCCGCAGCUCUGUAUAAGGUCUCCGAUGCCACCGGACAGAUGAACCUGACCAAGGUGGCCGACUCCAGUCCCUUUGCCCUUGAGCUGCUGCUGUCUGAUGACUGCUUCGUGCUGGACAAUGGGCUCUGUGGCAAGAUCUACAUCUGGAAAGGGCGAAAAGCUAACGAGAAGGAGCGGCAGGCAGCUCUCCAAGUGGCUGAGGACUUCAUCUCCCGCAUGCGAUAUGCCCCCAACACUCAGGUGGAGAUUCUGCCCCAGGGCCGUGAGAGCCCCAUCUUCAAGCAAUUCUUCAAGGACUGGAAAUGAGGGUGUGCGCCUCCCUGACCCCCGCCUCCUGCCCGCUUUCUCCUCCUCUGGCUGCCUGGUCAGUGCAGAGGUGGCCCCGAGGCUGUUCAAUAAAGGUGAUGAGUGCUUUCCUGACCCUCUGCCCUCA